AUGCCACCGACUUUAAAGGCAUUAUACACCAGCCCUGAUAAGAGCUACAAUAAUUUCCGUUCGUGCGUUAGGACUUACAACAACACGUUUGCUUUUACUUCGCUUGGUAUUCAUAACUAUGAAAAAGAUUUGUGUAGGAGAAAUAAAGGCAUUUAUACUUUCAAAGUGCAAGGACAAAUUUACCAUUUUAUAAAUGACUUAUUGCCUGAUGGUUGUCCCCCCCGCAAUCUACAACUCUAUUUUUACGACACUGAUCAUGAAGUAGAGAAUAGAGUUUGCGAAGUUGGUCAUUUAGAUGAGAAAAUUGUCUCAGAUCUUAUCGAGGUCAUGUCUCACAACCCAUAUGCUAAAUUCUUUCGGAGUCUUAAGGAUCUUGUGCAUUCUGAUGAGUUUAGCAUUUCGCUGCAAUCAUGUCCUUCGCUUGACCAGAGGAUUUAUAAUGCACCAACAACUUCUCAAGUUGCUGCAGUGUGGAUUGAAGAUUUUGAGGGCUCUGGAGAUAAUAGGAACAUAAGGAAUUACUUCAAGCUGAGGAAACCGUAUUCCGAGAAGGGAAAAAACGGCGUUCAGUAUCUUGCAGGGAAUAUUACGCAUACAAAUUUCAAAUGCGUUCAGGUCGAAACACAACGUCUUGAUUAUUUUAGGAAGAAACAACAACUUUGUAGGUCAGAGAAUUUUCAAGGGUUGGUUGACAGUGUCAGUACCGGUGCGGUAUUUGGUAAUGAUGUUGGUCGCAGAGUUAUCUUACCUUCGUCGUUCAUUGGAGGACCUAGGGAUAUGCGUGGGCGAUAUAUGGAUGCGAUGUCACUUGUCCAAAACUUUGGUAAACCAGAUUUUUUCCUAACUAUAACAUGCAAUCCAAAUUGGCCAGAAAUUAAACGUCUUUUGGAAUUCAAUGACGAGGCACAGAAUAGGCCAGAUUUGGUUGCAAGAAUUAAAGGGUUUAAGCUUGACAAUCGAUGGAUCGUUCCGUAUAAUCCUCAAUUAUUGUUGAAAUUUGAUUGCUACAUAAAUGUUGAGGUUUGUGCAACCAUUAAGUCUGUCAAGUAUAUAUACAAAUAUAUUUAUAAAGGCCAUGAUAGAGUUCGCAUGUCUUUGGCUGAUAACAUGAGCGAUUAUGUGAUUGACGAGAUUAAAGAAUACCAGAAUGCACAAUGGAUUUCUCCCCCUGAAGCUGCAUGGCGAAUAUAUGGUUUUGCAAUAGCCGAGCUAAAACCCGCCGUUAUUCAAUUGCAAGUGCAUUUGGAAAAUUCCCAAUAUAUAAAUUUUUAUGGACAUGAAAGAAUAAUUCAUAUUGUUAGUAGGGAAGAAGCAUGUCGUACCAUGUUGACAGAAUUCUUUUCUAUGAAUUUAGCAAAUGAAUAUGCGAAAAUGAUGAAUUUGCUUUAUGUUGAAUUCCCUUGCCAUUUUGUUUGGUGCAAAUCAACAAAGUCUUGGAAGCCAAGGAAACAACUGAAGGUCAUCGGUAGGCUUGUAACUGUUAACCCAACUGAAGGAGAACGAUACUAUUUGCAAAUGUUGUUGAUGAACGUAAGGGCACCCACAUCGUUUGAAUCCUUAAAAACUGUUAAUGGUUACUUUGCUGAAACUUUCCGUGAGGCAGCUGAAAAACUCGGCCUUCUAUCUGGAGAUUCAAUCAUUGAACAAUCACUAGAUGAAGCGUUGCUAUUCCAAAUGCCAUCGAGUUUGAGGAAGUUAUUUGCAAUGCUUCUGAUCUUUUGUGAUCUUUCAAAUCCUCGUUCACUUUGGAUAAAAUACAAAUCUUACAUGUGCCAAGACUUCUUAAGGAAUGGAUUGCACACGAUUGAUGAAAGUGAAUCAUUAGUCCUCAAGUUGAUUGCAAACAACUUGCACAAAAUGGGCAAAAACUUAUAUGAUUACAACUUGGUUGAUACGUUUACUGAACUUGAUAUAGCAACAACAAUGACUCAUGAAAUAAUGUAUGAGCGAAGUUUGGAAGUUAGCGAGUCUGACUUGGCAGGCGUGCAGAAGUUGAAUGCUUGCCAACGUGCAGCAUUUGACACUAUCAUUGAAAAUGUCUUUGCGAACAAAGGCGGCAUAUAUUUUGUUGAUGGACCAGCAGGGACAGGCAAGACUUUUUUAUAUCGAUGCUUACUGGCGACUGUUAGAUCUAGGGGUUUUCUUGCUCUUGCAACUGCAACUUCUGGAAUCGCCGCAUCAAUACUUCCGGGCGGUCGCACUGCACACUCUCGUUUCAAAUUGCCACUCGAUGGGGAUGAUAAACACAUUUGCAAUAUAGGCAAACAAAUUGCUGAGGCCCGAUUACUCAAAGAAUGCAAAUUAAUUCUUUGGGAUGAGGCUUCGAUGGCAAAUCGAAAGAUUAUUGAGAGUCUUGAUACAAGCUUAAAGGAUAUUAUGGAGUGUAAUGAUUUAUUUGGUGGAAAAGUCAUUGUAUUUGGAGGUGAUUUUAGGCAGACACUGCCAAUUACCACCAUUAGACGUUCUGUUUGA